AUGCCCGAUGCGAGCAACUCCCACCAACAAGCCCAGCAUGCCCGACAAGCUCGGAGGAACCCGCGGUUGAGGUUGGCUUGCUCUCGCUGCCAGCGGAGGAAGAUCCGCUGCGAUGGUCAACUCCCAGCCUGCAACAACUGCAAGAAGGCUCGAGUCUCCUGUACCGACGGUGAGAGUCUUCGUCUCCGAGACCUGCCAAGAGCCCAAAUUGCAAACUUGAAGGAACGCAUCAGAUGGCUUGAGGACAUCAUCCGUGAAAGAUGCUCCGACGUGGACCUCAGCCAAGGCCCGCCCGGUGACCUCGACAUGCAGGUUGAUGGUGACGAAACCUUCGUACCGGACUCCAUGAUCGAACUCAGCAGUGGGCAGCCCGAAGCCAAUAUGACGCAACAAAAUGCUCGAGAUGUUAGAGGACAAUCGCUCGCAUCUUCGGAAUCGCAACUAACCACACAGCCUGUACGUUCGGAACCGCGAAUGGUCGAUACCACGGCUAGCAGCACUCUCUCUCACGAGAUUGGAAUGGUUUCACUCGGCAGCAGUCAGGAUUCCAAGUAUAUCGGACCUUCAAGCGGAUACUUCUUGGCCCGCCUCAUGUUGACUUCAAACCGCCAGGACGACCAGACGGCUUGGCCAACCAGGCCCCAAGCACCAACCUUCACAAUACCCACAGCCCUAGUUGAGGCGUCACAUGGCCCAAUGCCGUUGCCAAGUAAGGAACAUGCAAGACAGUUGGCAGAGAGCUACUUUGAUGCCAUCAAUUGCCAGUUCCCCAUCCUACACCAGCCGACGUUUAUGAACCUGCUUAAUCAAGUUUACGAUAGCGGCAUUGAAACAGAUCGCGGGGCCACAGGCAUUUUCCAGGUCUUCAUGGUCCUUGCUCUUGGUUCUGCUGUCUUGUCUCGCAGAUUACGAGCCCGUCUUCCGGGAGAGUCCUACUGCCUCUCGGCGAUGCAACAUUUCGACCGGCUCAGCGUCGACAGCUCGAUCCCCGGCUUACAGUGUCUUCUCUUACUGACGAUAUUCACGAUGCAUAGCCCUAGCAUGCGUCUCAACGUUUGGUACCUCAACUAUCAGUGCAUCGCCGCUGUCUUGGACUUGGGACUGCAGCGCGACAUCAAUACCGACUCUGGCAUCUCUCUUCUCGAACAGGAGAUGAGAACCAGGAUAUUCUGGGUUGUGUUUUCGCUUGACAGAAUGAUUGCCACCAUGAUGGGACGGCCAAUUGGUUUACGGGAUGAAGCAUGCGACCUGAGACUACCGCAAGACAUCGAUGAUGCCUCUCUCCAAAACUUCGAACAGCAGCCUCAAAAUGCACCUCCGGGCCGUAUGGCCUUCUCGAUUCAUUUGUUUCGACUUGCAAAACUUAACUCGGAGUUCAAGUACGUUGCAAAUAGCGUCGUCCGCAAAACGCCCAGAUACGCAUAUCCUGCUGUAAUUGACAUCAACGAAUGGCAACGCGAGAUGAUUCUGCAACUAGAUGAAUGGUACGAAGGCAUUCCUGAGGUGCCCGGUUUCUUGGGCAUCAUCACUAUGUUGUACUGCAUCAAAAUGGUACCCGAAGUCGCCAGGCAGACUCCGUUGGAUGUUUUGAUGUCUGAUUUUAGCGCUGGUCUAGGAGUCUUGGCUGCUACGGGAGAGCAUUGGUCCGGAGCGAAACGGUGCAGGGACAUUCUCGAUGACAUGGUUCGGGCGACUGUCCGGUGGAUCAAAGAUGUUACGAACAAUUCAUCUGCCAUCGGAUGCCAUACUCCGCGUCGGUCGUCGCGUAUCGAACCCACGCAUGUCCAGACAAGAAGCCCGUAUGAUGAUAUCGCCGGUCAGGACGGCAUACCGGUAGCUCGCCGCUGCUUGUCUGAGGGACUGUCUAAUCCGAUGACCAUGGAUUCUAUGACGGCGGGAGUUUCCUCGACAUUAAUACCGCAAGACCCCUUCGAAUCAUUUCGCACCUCGUUUGGUGAGCAACUACAGCUGGGAGAUACUGCGAACUUGGACAGCAUAAUGCGAGGUCUUUUCGACGACUUCAUACCGACGUACCCCAGCUUCAGCUGA